GUGAGCUCUCUCAUUAAAGCCUUUUCCCCCCAGCUGCUGCUGUUUGUCCCGAUGAGCCUGGGCCGACAUGGACCUGCGCCACUGCGUUUGUUUGGUCCUUUUAACCAGGCUGAGGCUUUUCGCGGUAGGCCAGAUGCUUGCAUGUCAUUCCAGUCAGUGGCAGUGUGAUGAUGGGAGCUGCAUCUCUGCUGUUUGGAGAUGUGAUGGGGAAGGAGACUGCCUUGAUGGAACAGAUGAAAUGGACUGUGAAAGCUAUUCCGCUUGUCCGCAGGGCCAGUUUUCUUGUCUCGACUCUGUGAACUGUGUAGACCUGUCUGCUCACUGUGAUGGGAAGAAGCAGUGUCCAACAGGCUAUGAUGAGGAGAACUGUGAACACUCCUUGGGCUGUCUGAACUCCGAGUGGACCUGUAAAAACGAUCUAUGUAUCGCCAUGGAACUGCGCUGCAAUGGAGAGAAUGACUGCUUGGAUAAUUCAGAUGAGCAGAAUUGUGGUCAGUGCAGUGAAGGCAUAAGGUGUCCAGAUCGAACUUGUCUUUCUCUAGAAAAAAGGUGUGAUGGUACAGUGGACUGUGCUGAUGGACGAGAUGAGCCUAUUACAUGUGGACGGAUUUGCUCCAUAAAUAACGGAGGCUGUAGUCAUUUUUGUGUUGAUGAACCCUGGGCAGCUCUGUGUUCUUGUCCAGUGGGAUACGAGUUGUCUUUUGACGGAGCUACUUGUAAAGAUGUGGAUGAGUGCGCCCUGGCCCGUCCUGUUUGUAUGCACUCCUGUGUUAACACUGUGGGGUCAUACUACUGCCAAUGCCGAGAAGGAUUCACACUAACCAAAGGCUCUAUGUGUUUGGCUACAGGCAAUAUUACGAGACUGGUGACGGUUCAGAGGAAUACUUUGGGGCUUUUGGACGUGAAAUCUCGACAUUUUGAAGUAGUCCAGUUUGCUGUGUAUGAGCCAGUGGCCUUGGCAUUUGACUUGAAACGAGCUCUGUACUACUGGGCUGACGGCCAUGGACAGAUUCACAAGACUGAUGGACAUCAGACCUGGACCAUCUAUGCUGGCCAGCCUGGUAUCCAAAGUUUAGCUUGCAAUUGGCUAAAUGGACAGCUGUACUGGGCCAAUCAAGAGACCCGGACAAUCUAUAUGCAGGUGGCACAUGGAAAAAGUUACACCACUGUCUUAAGCAAAAAUGUCAAUCCAUCUGACUUGGUGCUGUUGCCUGUUGAGAGUUUGAUGUUCUGGAUAAAUGCUGGGCCAAGUGAGCGAGUAACCAUAGAGAAGUCCUGGAUGGAUGGAUCAGAUCGGAGGUCUCUGACCGUGCUCACCGCUCAGGCUGCCCAUGGCCUCACUAUUGAUGUAGCCGCCAGAAGACUCUACUGGAUCAGUGACUCGAAGAAGUCUAUAGAGACUGUGAAGAUGGAUGGUAGUGGUCGAUAUUCAUUUCAUGGAGUAUUUAGCCAAGGACCUGCUCUGAGUCUCACUGUGUUUGAGCAAUUUUUCUACUGGAGUGACAAAAAGGGUCUAUGGCAGGCUCCAGUCUCUCCCAACCAAAGGAGACUGAUCUGGAAAGACCCCCUGCCUUUGAUAAGUGUGUUCCAUGAGCUGCAGCAACCACAAGUCUCUUCUCCAUGUGUAGGAGCGCCAUGUGAGAUCUGCCUGCUCAGCAAAAGCAACAUUCUGGGAUUCACCUGCACUUGCCCAAACUCCAAACUACUUUUGCCCAAUGGCGUAUGUGAAUAUCCAAGAGUUGUUUAUGGUACCCUUCGCACUGUCAACUUUGUGGAGUUUCGAGAUGGAGAUGCUACUGAAGUCCAGCUCUUUACAACAGAUGAGGGCAUUUUGUCAUUUGACUUGGACUGGUACAGAGACUGGUUUUAUUGGGCAAACCAAACUGGAUACGUGAAGCGCACCAGUCUGACGCAGGUCAAGACUGAAAAAAUACCAACAUCUUCACCAGCCUGCCUGCUGAAAGUGGAUCAAAGAAGUGGGAACUUGUAUUGGGUGUCAUGUGAUCAAAAGAGCAUAAACGUGAUCAACACUGACCGCCGUUACACCCAGAAACUCUAUGACUCACAACGAAAGAUUGAGGAGCUGUACUUGGAUUGGCUGAGGGGAGGGCUUUUGUGGAUGGAAGGAGGUCAUAUUUUUACCAUGAGCAUUAUGGGAGGUAAACCCUUAGCUUUGCUCCGCUUAGGGGGAGGAGUAGUGGGGACGCUAGCUUUUGACCUGAGGGCCAACAGUCUUCUCUGGAACUCUAAUCCUGCAGGUUUGGUAACCAUGAGUUUGUUUUGGGACAAAAGCCAUAUAGCCGGUAAAAGAUGGAACAUAACUGGAUCUGUCGUUUUUGCUCUGGAACCUUUCUUCCUGUCUCUCUCUGAAAACACAAUGACUCUUUGGGAUCGCAGAGAUGGAAGACCCAUCCAGUCCAUAGCUGUGCAAAGCCAUGUGCUCGGUGUUAUACAUGCACUCAAAGACUUCCAUGCAGAUCCAUCACAACAGUCAGACACAUCCACUUCAUCUCCACAUCCUCAAUCCAGACAAAUGUGCAAAAGUCCUUCAGUGCUCUGUCCUCAGUCUUCGGUUCUUCUCUGCAUUUCCCCAAGUCAAGUUUGUGACGGCAUCAAGGACUGUCCAAAUGGAUUUGAUGAAAAUAAUUGUGUCAAAAGAUGUGCUUCAAAAAAUGACUUCCUGUGCAAAGAUCGUAGAAGCUGUGUGUCUCAGGACCUGGUCUGUGAUGGUCGGUCCCAUUGCAUAGAUGGCUCAGAUGAAAUGAACUGUCCAAGUUUAGCCCCUCCCCCUUCCCCGCGUAAUGUCCUGAAGUGUCGCCAUGGGUCCAGACUGUGUGGGGAUGGGUCUGAGUGUGUCCUCUUCAGCCAUGUGUGUGAUGGACAGAGGGACUGUAGUGAUGGAUCAGAUGAGGACGGGUGUGAACAUGCUGCCAAUGCCCUUCAGGAUAAUAAAUUACCAGUAAUGGAACGACCACCACCUACUCCACAGUUCACUGUGCUUCCAAUCCAGCCUGCCUGCAAAAGUCCCUCAGUCCUGUGCCCUGGUUCAUCUGUGUGCAUCCUGGAAACACAGUUUUGUGAUGGGAGAAAGGACUGUCCUGAUGGAUCAGAUGAGAACUGUGUCAAAAGAUGUCCAUACAUGACUGACUUCCUGUGCAAAGACCACAGGAGCUGUGUCUCCCAGCAUAUGGUUUGUGAUGGCCGGGCUCAUUGCCUUGACUCCUCAGAUGAAAGAAACUGUCAAAGUUUAGCUGAUCCAACGUCUCGACCAAUCAUAGUUAAGUGUCGCCAUGGCUCCAGACUGUGUGCGGACAGGUCUGAGUGUGUUCUCUUCAGCCAUGUGUGUGAUGGACAGAGGGACUGUGCUGACGGAUCAGAUGAGGAUGGGUGUGAGACGACUACAAGAGGUCCAGAGACAACACGAUCAACUCAGCCAUUCACUCAACGUCCAACCCAACCAGCCUGUAGAAGCCCCUCAGUCCUGUGCCCUGGUUCAUCUGUGUGUAUCCUGGAAACACAGUUUUGUGAUGGGAGAAAGGACUGUCCUGAUGGAUCAGAUGAGAAAUGUGUCAAAAGAUGUCCAUACACGACUGACUUCCUGUGCAAAGACCACAGGAGCUGUGUCUCACAGCAUAUGGUUUGUGAUGGUCGGGCUCAUUGCCUGGACUCCUCAGAUGAAAGAAACUGUCAAAGUUUAGCUGAUCCAACGUCUCGAUCAGUCAUACGCAAGUGUCGCUUUGGCUCCAGACUGUGUGCAGACGGGUCUGUGUGUGUCCUCUUCAGCCAUGUGUGUGAUGGACAGAAAGACUGUGCUGAUGGAUCAGAUGAGGCCGGCUGUGAUAGUCCAGAAACAAUGAGAAGUCCAGAAAAAAUGAAUUCCUCACCGGCACCAUUCACUGUGCCUCCAACCCAACCAGCCUGCAGAAGCCCCUCAGUCCUGUGCCCUGGUUCAUCUGUGUGCAUCCUGGAAACACAGUUUUGUGAUGGGAGAAAGGACUGUCCUGAUGGAUCAGAUGAGAAAUGUGUCAACAUAUGUCCAUACAAAGGUGACUUUUUGUGCAAAGAUCGUAGGAGCUGUGUGUCUCAGGACCUGAUCUGUGAUGGUCGGGCUCAUUGCAUAGAUGGCUCAGAUGAAGUGAGCUGUCCAAGUUUAGCCCCACCCACUGCCCCGCCCAAUGUCCUGAAGUGUCGCCAUGGCUCCAGACUGUGUAGGGACGGGUCUGAGUGUGUCCUCUUCAGCCAUGUGUGUGAUGGACAGAGGGACUGUAGUGAUGGAUCAGAUGAGGACGGGUGUAUUCCAGAUGACAAGGAUGACAGUGAUCCAAUCAGUUCUGUAAAAGCAGAGUCCCCAUCUAUGAAUGAAGUGAAGUGGUCAUGUGCUAGUCCAUCAGUCCUGUGUCCUGAAUCCUCAGUGUGUAUUCUCCCAACACAGUUCUGUGAUGGCAAGUUAGACUGCCCUGGUGGCUUUGAUGAGAAUUGUGAGACGAAAUGCUCUGAUAAAAGUGAUUUUCUCUGCAAAGAUUAUCUAAGCUGCAUUUCAAAAAGUCUGGUUUGUAAUGGUCGCACUGACUGUACUGAUGGGUCUGAUGAGUUUAACUGUCCAAACAUUACGUCUUCACGUUCAUCUGGUGGUCUCCAGUGCCCUCGAGGCUCAAAGCCCUGCAAUGAUGGCUCAGAGUGUGUUUUACUCAGCCAUCUAUGUGAUGGAGAAGACGACUGUGCGGAUGCAUCUGAUGAAUUACUAUGCCUGAAAUCUUGCAAACAAGGUGAAUUCCAGUGUGCCCAUGGAAAAAUGUGCAUCCCCAGCUCACAGGUGUGCGACGGCAAGGUCCAUUGUCUAGACCAUUCAGACGAAAUAAACUGUCUGAAACAAACAAAGAGCUGUGAAUUCCAUUGUCUUGAUGGAAAGCGCUGCAUUCCCAAAACGUUCCUGUGUGAUGGAGAGACUGACUGUGAAGAUGGCACUGACGAGCAGGGAUGUGAUUACAAAGUGACAGCAGUGCCCCCAUCUUGCGUUAGUCCGUCGCUGCUCUGCCCAGGUACAUCAGUGUGCAUUUCCCAAGGCCAACUUUGUGAUGCCAAGAAAGACUGCCCAGAUGGUUUCGAUGAGCAGGGCUGUAUAAUCCAAUGUGAAAAUCCAGCGGAUUUCUUGUGCCAGGAUAGAAACAACUGCAUCCCACCAAUCAAAAUGUGUGAUGGGCGCGCUGACUGUUUCGACAGCUCAGAUGAGAAACUUUGUACAACCCCUUUUAACCCAGUAAGUGCAACUUCCUUUCCUGUAAAAUGUCGGCGGGGAUUUAAGUUGUGUAAAGAUGGCCUGGAGUGUGUUAUGUAUAACCAUGUGUGCGAUGGAGAGGUGGACUGCAAAGAUGGGUCAGACGAAGAGCAAUGUGCAACUGACUGCAAAGCAGAGGAAUUCCAGUGUGCUCAUGGAAAGAGAUGCAUUCCUAAGGAGCAGGUAUGUGAUGGUGAGAGUGACUGCCAGGAUCGCUCUGAUGAGAUGAACUGCAAGAGAACUGGUGAGGGCUGCCAUCAGUGGUGUGACAACAACACACACUGUAUCCCAGACACCUUCCUCUGUGAUGGGGAGAAAGACUGUGUUGAUGGCUCAGAUGAGAUCAAGUGUGGUUUGGUGGCUUGUGAUUCUAACCAGUAUCGCUGUAGAAGUGGCCAGUGCGUGUCUCAGGCUGUGCGCUGUGAUGGCUAUGCAGACUGUGGGGAUCACUCAGAUGAGAAGGGCUGCUCCAGACCACCGCACUGCCCAACACAACUCCGUUGUCCAAACAGCCACGAGUGCCUCCAGAAGGAGUGGAUUUGUGAUGGAGAGAAUGACUGUGCAGAUGGUUAUGAUGAAAAGAGCUGUAGAACUGCCCCAGUAAAAUGCAAAGAAUAUCAGUGGCAGUGUGGAGACAGCAGUGAGUGCAUUCCUGUGUCCUGGAGGUGUGAUGGAAAGGAGGACUGUGAGAAUGGACAGGAUGAAGACCAUUGCAGUGAAAAGAAAUGUGCCCCUCAUCUGUACACGUGUGAGAGCGGUGAAUGCCUAGAGCCCAGGCAGCUGUGUAACCGUGUGACCAACUGCGCUGACCGAUCAGACGAAGGGGCUGGAUGUUACCAGACAAACUGCUCCAGUUCUUUGGCUCCUCAUUGUGACCACCACUGUGUCAGCACACCCAGUGGUCCGCGAUGCUUCUGUGCUGCAGGGUUCCAACCAUACAGAAAUGGUUUAUCCUGUGUUGACAUUGAUGAAUGUAGUAGUGUUUCCUCUGAAGUUUGCAAACACAUCUGCCUGAAUACUCGAGGGUCCUAUGUCUGUCACUGUCAUCCCGGGUUCUACCUUGAAAAAGACAAGAGAAGCUGCAAAACUGAAGGUGAGGCCUUGCUUCUGGCCUCAGUUCAGUCAGAGCUGAUCGUCCUGGGAGUCCAUAGUGGCACCUUGCGUGUGCUGUCAUCAGCUAAUCGACCUGUGUUUUCACUGGACUAUCACUGGGCAAAAAACAGGAUUUACUGGCUAAGCUCAAACUAUCAGAGCAUACGUUGGGCUGAAAUGAAUAACACAAACAACAAAGGGACACUUAUCAAAGGAGUGAAGUCUGAGUUCAUUGCAGUGGACUGGGUGGGUAAAAACCUGUAUUGGGUGGAUGGGCUGCUGGGGCAGAUUCUAGCAGUGAAGCUCAGUGAUGACACUGUGAAAGCACAAGACCAUACUGUGGUCCUCGGAGAUUUGGAGCAGCCAAGUUCAGUUGUUCUGGUUUCACAUAAGGGGCUGAUGUUCUGGUCAGAGAUUGGCAGCACUCCUCAGAUCGAGCAGGCUGGGAUGGAUGGUUCCAAGAGGAAGGUGGUGGUCAGCCGUGGCCUGAGCUGGCCUGUGAGCUUGGCUUUUGAUGUUCUGGACAACAGGAUUUACUGGGCAGAUGAGAAACUGCGCUGCAUUGGAUCUGCCUCUAUGGAUGGAGAAAAUGUCAAGAUUCUUCAGUUGGCAGAAACUCCCAGUCCUUUCUCUGUGUCUGUCUUUAAUGAUCGAGUCUUGUGGUCAGACACUAAAAAGAGAAGUAUUCGCUCUGCUGAUAAAAGAACUGGAAAAGAUCAGAAGGUUCUUGCUAAAAGACCUGGGCAGCCUUUUGCCCUCAAGAUUAUGCAUCCCCUUUCACAACCGUCAGUUUCCAAUCCGUGUGAGCAGUUGCCUUGUUCCCAUAUCUGCCUUUUGGCCCCAGCAGUGAGGAGUCAGAGUGGAAACUCUAGGGCCUCCAAGGGCCUCUCUGCAGCCUGCAGGUGCCCAAAGGGACUGCUGCUUUCAAAGGACAACCUCAAAUGUACUGUACCCACGGAGACCACCUUUGUCAUGCUUCUGUCUCUUCAAACCAUUUAUCAGAUUCACUUGCAUUCAAUGUAUAGUGAGGGUGUGAGCCUCAAGAAAAUUCCUAAUGGAAGAGUAUUGGCUCUCCCUGGGGUCAAUGAGGCCUCAUCAAUGGAUGUCUCUAUUCCUGGACUUUCUCUGUAUAUUGUGGAUGCAGUUCUAGCAACAGUAAAUAAACUAAAACUGAGUGACUCUAGGUCAAGACAACCACUGCUUGCUGAUGGACAAACCUUAAAGUUGAGCCAGGAUGACCCCAUCUCUGCACUAGCGGUUGACUGGGUAACUUCUAACCUUUACUGGUGCAGCAGCAAAAGACACAAUCUCCAUGUGACAUCUUCUGAACAAGGCCACACUGUUUCUCUGCUCCCUGGAUUUAUGAAGGGCACUACAUCCAUUGCUGUGCAUCCCCCCUCGGGCCGGCUGUGCUACACAGCUGUGGGUUUGAUGGGCAACAAUCAAGCAGAGGUGACCUGUGCCUGGAUGAAUGGACAGAAAAGGGCAGUGCUAUGGAAGAAGUCCAGCAUUCCCACUUCACUGGUCUUUUCAGACACGGGCACUGUCAUCUACUGGGCUGAUACUGGAGAGGGAGUAAUCUAUACUAUGGGUGUGGAUGGAUCAGGAUUUAAGCAGUACAAAACAGGGCUUGGGUUCCUCAUCUCAUUCACCUUUAUUGAAAACUUAAUGCUCUGGAUGACAUUUGACAAAGAUGUAACCAGACUAUGGUUUAGUGAUGGCCUGCAGCCAAAACAUCUGUGGUUUGAGACAAAGAUCAGCUUGGUAGAAAUAAAAGCCUACAGCAACAGCAGCCAGUCUGGAAGCAACAGCUGUGCCAACAACAACGGACGAUGUGCUCACCUGUGUCUGCCGUACCCAGACGGAAACACAUGCCGCUGUGGACAGGGCUUCUACAUAGUGAAUGUCACUUCCUGUGCCCCGUUACCCUCCUGUCCCUCAGACUCACAGCCCUGUCUUGAUGGCAGUAAAUGCAUCAGCAGCACCCGCUUCUGUGACACUCAUGCGGACUGUCAGGAUGGCUCCGAUGAACAAGAUUGUUCAUACGAAGACGUUAGCCUCCCCGGAAUUAAAAGCAACCAGAGCUCCCUGGUCAAGUCCCCACUUGCCUCUUCAGACACCAACAGCCAAAAGAAAUCAGAGGAAUCAUGUGACCUGCAGUGUAAUGGCCAUGGCUUCUGUGUUAGUGAAGGCACAGUCCAGCGCUGUCAGUGUGUAGCUGGGUACACAGGGGACUUCUGUCAAGUAGCAGAAACCUUACACAGUGGAAGAGCUGUAGGACUGGGGCUGCUCUUUGUGGUUGUAUUGUUGAUUGCCGCCAUUUUCAUUUACAUAAAAAGGAGAGACCUGGCUUUAGCACUGAGCAGUACCAGAGAAAAAGAGACUCUAAUGUCCAACAUCGGCUUACCUUCGGAACAGUUCGACUAUGACCAUGAGGAGCUAGACUCUCCAGUUGAUGGGAAGAGUCCUGGUUUAACCCUAGAGUCACUACAGUUGAAGCAGUAGACAAUGUAGACGGGCAAAUGUUGAACUCUGCAAUUAUCUCAGUCAUGUCUGGGUUUAAACUCUUGCUGCAAUAAAAUCAUCUUAGAUCUUAUAUGUUUGUUUGGCAUUUGGCUUAAUGGUUCCGACACCAUUCAUGUGUCACAAUCAUGCUUUGUUGCCCAAUGUUUUAAACUGACUUGUCUCUAGUCAACAUUUCAUGGACAUUAGAGAUCAGUAACUAUAUACAAACUAUACUCCUUUACUGAUGUACCCCAGAAAACCCUCACGAUCCCAAAUAAGCAUGUCCUCUGGUACAGUUUCAUGUUUGUCUUGUUCUGACUUGCCUUUUCCUGCUUCCACCCCCUUCUCUUACAAGAAACACACCUAUGUCAUUUUUACGCCUACUAAGUCCAAGUCAGGGCGUAAGUGUUUCGUAUAAUGUUUGAGGCUGACCAUUUAGGUGCAAAAGUCCUCGCAUUAUUACACUAGUUUUGGAGUUAACCUGCUGGGCACAUUUUUUGAUCUUGUUUUUUCAUAAAAUAUCUGACUUGACUUAACUCUUUGAGCAUCUAUGCAUUGACUCUUGGGUAACCUUUAUUGCUGCGUAACAUCGUAUGGCAUCUUAGGAAAUGCGCCAUGCCUUUUCCCACAUAGGAUUACCAGUCCUGACCUCAAGCAUGUUGCAUAUGAGUCACAACAUGAGAAGGUGAGUGGGAGGAGAUUGUCUCACAAAGAGGAACGACACAACUCUAUAGGCUUUAAAGACUUUUUGGAGCAACUUGUUCAACUUAAACGAUCGGCGAUCUACAAUAAAUCACUGAAAAAGUUACUCUAGAAUCUCAUUUUUUCUCCAUCCACCACCAUGUCCAUGUCUCCUCCUCCUGCUGUGGGCCAGCCGAGAGGCAUAGACUUCAACCUGCCCACAUGUGGAGAGACCCAGUGUAAUGGCCAUGGGACGUGUAUGUCUCCCCCAGGAGGAGGCACAGAGCUUGUGUGUGAGUGUGCACUUGGAUACCGGGGCCAGUUCUGUGACCAGACAGUGAACGGGGCGCUCAGUGUGCCUCUCACAGUCAGUGUGAUCGCAGUCAUCCUUGGUGUGCUCAUAAUAGCCUUUGUUAUCGCCAAGAUCAGACAGAAGCAAAAGAAGAACCGCAGGCAACGGCUGGCAACAAGACAAGGCUACAACGUCACUCUGUGAGGAUGAAUUUCAUAAUGCAGAUAACCUGUGACACAGAGCCAGAAUCAAGGUGAAGCUUAUUUCAUCCAGUGCAGCCUUGAGACUAAAACUGUGCUAUCGAUUGUUCUGGAGCUUUAGUUGUAUUAACUUUGUCAAAAGGACAGAUGUGAACAAAGAAAGUAGUUUGUAAUGACUGAGUCAACUCAUGAUUCAGAGAUGGCAGAAGAGAUUCACUUUUUGAAAUGUAUAUAUUGGCCCUGCACUCUGUCAAGACAUUUCUUUAAGGACUAACAAUGCUAGAGCAAUGCACUUUAACCAUAUGAAAUUUCAUCUUGCUCCUGCUUGUAAGUAGCUACUGAACCAUUAGGCACUUUUCUGGUGCAGUGAUCUUAUUCAGUAUGGGAACAACAGGAGUAUAGGCCUUCGUAUUGCUGUGUCUCUCAUUUUACUAUUAUUUUUCAUUGUAAAAUAUUGACCACUGUUGGUCACCUAUAUAACUAAACUUAUUCUGAUGUUUUUUUGUUUUUUUUGUUUUUUAACACAAUUCCUGGAGCAAAAUAAACUUGUAGAUUUUCCAUGAAAGAUUCUUCAAGCACGGUGCUCAGUGGUAAAUGCGAUUUUAUAUAGUUGUUCUACCACUCUACUCUUGUCUGAAUCGAGUAUGGGAGCAGCAACUGAACACUGAACUACCAACCUUUGGAUCAGAGGGCUUUAUCAACAUUUUAAUAAACUGUACCAUGUAUCUAACGCA